AAUGAGUCGCACAAGCAACAACAAAUUAAACCUCAUUUCAUCUUCCGAUCAGCCGCACCGGAUUCCGAUUUCAUCUCCACCGUUUCCUCAAUCUCCAUCCUCUGCUGAGAUUCAGACCUCAAACAGCAUCACCGACUCUCAUCCAACUUCUAUUGUAAGGUUUAGCAAAUGGAUCUGAACUCAUCAGGGAAUAGUAAUUGUCUGUAUAACAAGCUAUAUAACGGUGGAGGACAAUGUAAGAAGCUCGAGAUAGAUCUCAAUUUGCCUGCCUCAUCUAAUGAAACCGAGUCGACUCAAAAUGUUACAACCUCUGAUGAUGAGGCACUGUCACGGUAUGCCGGUAGAGAAAUCAGGAGGUCAGAAUAUGAAUACCAACUGUUGAAUAGGAAGCCACAUAAUGAUAAUUCUGUUUCGGAUACCAUGGAUUCCAGUCAAAUAGAUGCCUCUAGGAAGAAAAAGUAUAACAGUGGUGGCGUUGUUAGGUGGAAACAGCAAGUGAAAGUGAACCUCGAGAUAGGACUUGAAGUGCCCCCAAAUGAUGGUCACAUGUGGAGGAAGUAUGGCCAAAAGGAAAUCCUUAAUGCUAAAUACCCCAGAGAAUAUUACAGAUGCACCUACCGAAACACACACGGAUGUUGUGCAACCAAACAAGUUCAAAGAUCUAGCCAAGACCCGUCAACAUUUGACAUCACUUAUCUGGGAAAACACACAUGUCCCAAAAUUUCAAAAACCAACGACAUGUCAUCUGCAACGGAAUCCGGUUAUGGCCUUAUAAACUUCUCAUCUACACCAGAAUCUGCAUCAAAUUAUUCUUUUGAACUUUCAAAUUGGCCUCUGAAUCAUAGUCGCGGAUUCUGAGUAUGUUGAGAUCGAUAGUGGCGUCUGCAGGUACACCACCUUCUUGGCAUUGUGUAUGGUUACAAUUUGGUGAAACUGGCCGAAUGUCGAAAAGUCAACGUUUUAUUCUGACUCAUAAUGAUAAAUAUACAUAGUGUCACUAUAUACAAAGUCAUAAGUGAGGCAUAAACUGGAUAUUAGAUAUAUAUGUAACAUUAUUUGUUCACUACAAUGAAACGAAAGAAUAAACUUUAUCUGAAUCUUUAAAUUUUCUAGUGUCAAA